AUGACGACAGAACAGCUUCAACAGCACACGCUUUGGUGGACGGGACCACCGUGGAUCACGCAACCGCAGAACUCAUGGCCCAAGCAAACCAGUGUUGAUGCAGACGAGCUGGGCGCCCCAGAAGCUCGACCGCUCACGCUGAAGACCUGGAGAGGCAGAGGAGCCAAGACGCAGAAAGGGUGGAUUUGCGUCUUCGUCUGCUUCGCAACAUCAGCUGUUCAUCUGGAAGUUGUAACCGACUACUCAGCCGACGCGUUCAUCGCAGCCUAUCGCAGAUUCGCAGCAAGGAGAGGAACUGCAGCCUCUCUCUACUCAGAUUGCGGCACCAACUUCCAAGGAGCAGACGCGCAGUUACAGAAACAGUUCAAGGACAGCACACGCGAAAAUCAAGACCUCGCAGCGUUACUCGCCAAGGAUGGUACGCAGUGGCAUUUCAACCCUCCUGCCGCUCCACACAUGGGUGGAAAAUGGGAGGCGGUACUCAAGUCUCUCAAAUUCCAUCUGAAGAGGACGAUUGGAGAUGCUUUGCUGACGUUCGAGGAAUCAAUAACAUUGCUCGCGCAGAUCGAAGCCAUCCUCAAUUCAAGACCGUUGGAACCACUCAGCGAUGAUCCAGACGACCUCUCAGCCCUUACACCAGGAUAUUUCCUGAUCGGAUCGCCACUCAACGCAGUGCCAGAGCCCACGCUUCUCGACGUCUCAGUCAACCGAUUGUCAAGGUGGCAAUUUCUGCAGCAGCGUCUCCAACAAUUUUGGAGGCUCUGGUCCACGCA